AAUGGCAGAAUUGCAAAUUGAGCAUUACAAUAUAGAGCGCCUGUUGACAGAAUUGGAGUAUAAAUUUCAUUAAACAAAAAAAAAGAUUGAAUGGUGAGCCAUUAGAUAAGGUAGCAGAUAUUUGGAAUGCAUUUAUUAAAUGGAGUAAAAUGAAUUUUGAUGUUGAGAGGACAAUAAAUAUACCUCAUUUAGGUAAAGGAUAGUUAAUAUAUAAACUAGGUAACUUUGCAUUUAGGUUACCUCAUAUUUAAGGAGAAGAAAUGACAUUAGAUAAAGAGAAGAGUGUGCUAUUCUAUCCUAAUGAGAAUUUUUUGAAUAGUUCUAAUCUACGCUAUAGAGUAUAUUUUGAAUUUUUAAUAUUUAUAGGGAGAAAUAGAAACACCAACUCCAACCAUCAAAAUCAGUUAUCAUUAAAUUGCUAAAUUAUGUGGAGGAAUUGAGACUUAAGUAUAAUAGACACAAAAAAUAAAUGAUAAAUAACUUGUGUUUACUAAAUAGAUGGGAGUUGACAGAUCUUUGAUUCAAGCAAUUGUGGAAGGAGUAUUCUCAUCUUUAAUUUAAAAAAUAAAAACAAAAACAUAAAUUGAGGUUGAUUUAGGUUAUUUUGGAAAAUUUUUAAGAUUUGAUUUUACAUUUACAUAUGAACCACUUUUGAAAUCUAAAGUUUAAUCACAAAUCAAAUAAGGAUCAUAAACAAAAAAGACUGUAAGAAAUUUGAUUGAAUAAUCAAAAAAUGCUAUUGCCUUAUAAACAAGAGGAUAAAUAACAAAUUUUUAAAUGAAUAAAAAUUCAAUGUUAUAAUAACAAAAUGAAAGUAAAUAAUUCUUUAAUAUUUUUUAGUUAUUUAAUAGUCAAUAGAAUAAAGUUAAAUAAUUCAAACAAAAAAGGCAGCCUUUGAAAUUUUUAGUGAAAAUUCUUAAUAAAAGAUGAUGUAAACUCCAACAAGAAGAAUUGGAAAACUAGAACAGUAAUUGAUUUAUAUUUAUGUAUAAGUAUUCCAGUCAUGUCUGAAAUGUUGGGUGCUGGUACUGAUCCCUUAGCUAAGAACCAAGAUUUUUCAAAAUUGGUUGAGAAUCCUUUUGCUUUAAUGAGUUAAUAAUUUAUUAAACCAUAAAAUGCUAAGAUUCGUUUUCCACCAAUAUUGGAUAAGUUUGCUAGAACAUUAGCAGCUCCAAUUUCAGGAAUGAAAUACAAUAGUAGUGUAGUAGGUAGAAUCGCAUCCAAUUAUAAUCCUGGAGCCAAAAGAUUUUAUUUCGAUAGUGAGUCAAAGGGUGUAAGAAUAUUAAGAGCAUUUGAAUCAAAAGUGAAUUUUACUGCAAAUCCAGAGUUAUUAUAAAAGCCAGCAAGUUUAGAAGAAGAAUUAUUGUAUGUUACAGGUAAAUUAAGAACAAAAGAAUUGAAAGAGAAAUUAGAAGCUAAGAAUAAUUGUUAUGCAAGAUAUUAAGCUUAUAUUAAUAAUGAAAUACCAUAAGAAUUUAUAGCAGAAAUCAAAUAAUAAUGGGUAUAAGAUAUUAUAGAAUUAUUACCAAGAGAUUUAAAGAAAUUGGGAGAUUAAUUAAGUCAAAAAUAUGUAGAAGAGAUGAUGAAUGAAAUAACACAUGAUUAUAAUUUGAGUAUGAAAAAAGCCAUUUUGGAUUAUGUAUUAAAAGAUGAUGAAGAAAGAUUAAGAGUAGGUAUAGUAGAAAUAAUUGAUGAAAUUCCAGAAUAUGGAUCUGCUGUCUAUAAAGGAAUAGAACCUAGUGAAGAAUGGAAAAAGAAAGUGAAUGAAGCUAGAGAUGCUAUGGUGUAGAAUUUGGUAAUUAAUAGUUAAACAACUCUCUAAUUAUUGAAAAGUUGGUAUGCUAAAUAUUCAAAAAUGAAUUUUUUAGUUUUAUCAUCUGCUAAAGAUUAACCCAUGAAUAUUAAUUAUUUUACUAAAGUUUAAUAGGAUAGAAUUUAGGAAGUGAAGAAUCAUUUAUAAAAUGAAUGGCAUAAAGAAGUAGCUGAUCUUUAUUAGAAAGAAUUACAUGUAGCAAAUAGAAAUAAAAGACAUGCUAUGUUAUUUUUUGAAAGUACUGCUACAUUAAUGAGUAAUUUGUUGAGAACUUAAAUUAAUGAGAGUUUAAUAUCGUAUAGAAAUUUCUUUAAGAGAUUUGAUAAGAAAAUAUUGAGAAUACCUUAAUAAGUUAUAGCUGAAGAAGAUGAUUUUGAUAAACCUAUUGAAGAUGUAUUUCUAACUGUUAAACUUAAACAUGAUGGUAAUAAAAUUGAAUUUGCUGAUCAUCUUUAAAUGAGUAUUAAAAAUGGGAUUUUGAAAUUAAUUGAUGAUAUAUAUAAAUGUUCUGAGAAUUUCUAAAGACCUGAAAAUACUAUAUCAAGAAGUGAAAAAACAUCACUUUGGAAAAUACCUGAAGAUGAUGAUACCUUUGUUUCAACAUAUAAAACUAUUAAUGAAAUUUUGGAUAUUAAUUUAAAGAAUGUAGAGAGUACUUUAGAAAUUUAUGAAAAGUAUUCAUUCUUAUUAAAAGAAACAGAAAAAGCAACAUAAUGGGCAAGUGUUCCUAGAGCAAGAAAUGAAUUUAUUUAAGCAUUUAAUAAUUAUUCAUAAUUAUAUGAAUAAGUAAAUGAAGCAAUUCCAUUUUUUGUACGUGUUAAUAUGAUUUUGGUUGAUGGAUGUGAAGUAAAGAAAAAGUAUUUGGAUAUCAUUUAAGAGAUUAUUUAAUUAUUAGAAAGAAAUAUUCAUGAUUAUAUAAUGACUACAAAUUAAAGAAUUAGUAAAGAAAUAUAAGCACUUUAAGAUAAUAUUUAAGGUAGAGCAGAUACUACUGAAAGAUUGGUUGAAUUAGAAGCAGCUUUAGAGAAAAUUAGAAAAACAGAAAAUAAAAAAGUAUAAAACGAUUUUAUAGAUUUACAAAAGUGGUUGUAUUAAUUAUAUACAACUAAUUAUUAAAUUAAUGAAGAUGAUUUAAUCUAAAUUUCUAAUACAUCCAGACUUGUACAUUCUUUGAUGUUUAAAGUUGAUUAAGAAGAAAUUCGUAUUCAAAAAGAUAGAGAUUAAUUAGAAUAAUUUAUUAGAGAAAGAAGAGAGAAAUUUUAACAUAAUCUUGAUGAAAUUACUCAGAAUAUCACUAGAUUAAAAACAUCUUAUACAUCUGCUUAUUAAGUUAAAGAAGCUAAUGAUAUUGUUGAUAAUCAUAUUAAAAGAUUAUAAGAAUAUGUAGCUGAAAUGUAAGAUAUUUAAAUGAGAGAAGAAUAAUUAGGAUGGUAACCUACUGAAUUUGUUAAACUAUAAGAUGCUUAAAAUAGUAUUAAACCGUAUGAAGAAUUAUGGCAUUAAUUAAGAGAUUGGGAAUAAAAUUCAAUGAAUUGGACAAAAGCUAAAUUUAUCUUCAGAUUAGAUGCAGAAUCAAUUGAAAAAGAUGUUAAAACUAUGUUAACUUAAGCUAAAAAAUUAACUUAUUAAUUUCCAAAGAACACUACUCCUUAAGGUACAUUAUAAUUAAUCAAAUAAUUGUCAGAUAAAAUAAAUGAUUUCUAAGUAUAAUUGCCUAUGAUUAGAGUAUUCUCUAAUCCAGGUAUGAAAGAAAGACAUUGGGAAGAGAUUUCUUAAAUUAUGGGAUUCCCAGUUAGACCAGAUAAAGAAUAAUAACUUUCUAAAUUAAUUGAAUUAGAUUUGAAAUAACAUUUUGUUAAAUUUGAAGAAAUAUCUGAUUCAGCUACCAAGGAAUAUAAUUUAGAAAAGAUUUUAAAUAAAAUGCAAGAAGAUUGGGAUAAUGUAAUUACUGAACUUAAACCAUGGAAAGAUACUGGUACCUUUAUAGUAUCUGGUGCAUCAAAUGAUGAAGUUUAAACAUUAUUAGAUGAUCAAAUUGUUAAGACUAUCACAAUGAAGGGUUCUCCUUAUGCAAGAAAUUUUGAAAGUAGAAUUGCUGAAUGGGAAGCAUUUCUAUAUUACACUUAAUCUUUAUUUGAUUAUUGGCUUAAAGUCUAAGGAGUUUGGAUGUAUUUGGAACCAGUAUUUACAAGUCCAGACAUUCUAAAACAUCUUGCUACAGAAGGAACAAGAUUUAAAGAAGUUGAUGCAAGUUGGAAAUCAAUUAUCAAUAAAGUUAAUUCAAAUCCUAAAGUUAUUGAAUACACAAAGAAUAGAAAAAUGUUGGAUAUAUUAAAAGAAUGUAAUGCAUCAUUAGAAGUAUGUCAAAAAGGUUUAAAUUCAUAUUUGGAAGGUAAAAGAACAAAUUUCCCCAGAUUUUAUUUUCUUUCAAAUGAUGAAUUAUUGGAAAUUUUAUCAGAAACAAAGGAUCCUUAAAGAGUGUAACCUCAUUUGAAGAAAUGUUUUGAAGGUAUUUAAAAAUUAAAAAUUGAUGGAGAAAAAAAGAUUCAUGGAAUGUAUUCUUCAGAAUCAGAAUAUGUAUAAUUUUAAAAUAUUGUUGAUACAAAUGCAGCAAGAGGAAAUGUGGAUGAAUGGUUAGUAGAAGUUGAAAAAAAAAUGAUAGAGUGUAUUCGUUAUUAAACAGAAAAAGCAUAUAAAGAAUAUAGUGAUUCAAAUAGAAAAAGUUGGGUUAUAAAUAGAUGUGGUAUGGCUGUUUUGAAUAUGGAUAUGACAUUUUGGACAAGUGAAACUGAAAGAAAUAUGUUGGAAAAAGGAAAUGAAGGUGUUGGUUAAUAUGCAGCAGUUUGCACAUAAUAAUUAUACGAAAUUGUAGCCUUGGUUCGUACUGAAAUAUCUGUAUUAGAUAGAUGUACAUUAGAAGCUAUGAUUGUGUUAGAUGUCCAUAAUAGAGAUGUUUUAAAUUAAUUAUUUAAGGAAAAUGUAGAAAAAGUAAAUGAAUUCUCAUGGUAAGCUUAAUUACGUUAUUAUUGGAUUGACAAUAAUACAACUGUUAGAAUUAUUAAUGCUAUUUGUGAAUAUAAUUAUGAAUAUUUGGGAAAUUCUGCAAGAUUGGUUAUUACACCAUUAACAGAUAGAUGUUAUAGAACAUUAUGUGGUGCAAUUCAUCUAAAUUAUGGUGGUGCACCAGAAGGACCUGCAGGUACAGGUAAAACUGAAACUGUCAAGGAUUUAGCUAAGGCUUUGGCUAGAUAAUGUGUUGUGUUCAAUUGUUCUGAUGGUCUAGAUUAUAAAGCUAUGGGUAAAUUCUUUAAGGGACUUGCAAGUUCUGGUGCUUGGUCAUGUUUUGAUGAAUUCAAUCGUAUUGAUUUAGAAGUCUUAUCAGUUGUUGCUUAAUAAAUACUCACUAUUCAAAUAGCUAGAGCAUCCAAUAAAUCUAGUUUUACUUUUGAAGGAUCUGAUAUUAGAUUAAUUUAAACAUGUAAUUGCUUUAUUACAAUGAAUCCUGGUUAUGCAGGAAGAUCAGAAUUACCAGAUAAUUUAAAAGCUUUGUUUAGAUCAGUAGCUAUGAUGGUUCCAAAUUACGAAAUGAUUGCAGAAAUUUCAUUGUAUUCUUACGGAUUUAGUUAAGCAAGAGAUUUAGCAAGAAAGAUUGUUACAACAUAUUAAUUAUGUUCAGAAUAAUUGUCAUCAUAAGAUCAUUAUGAUUAUGGUAUGAGAGCUGUUAAAUCAGUUUUAACUGCUGCAGGUAAUUUAAAGAGAAAGUUUUAAAGUGAGGAUGAAUUCAUUUUGAUGCUUAGAGCUAUUAAUGAUGUCAAUUUAGCUAAAUUUUUAUCCUUUGAUUUACCCUUAUUUUAAGGUAUUACUAAUGAUUUGUUCCCAGGAAUUAAAUUGCCAGAAAUAGAUUAUAAAAAUAUGUAUGAAUGUAUAAACAUAGAAAUUGAUAAAUUAAAUUUAUAAAAGGUACCAGAUUUUAUAGUUAAAGUUAUUUAAUUAUAUGAAAUGAUUUUAGUAAGACAUGGUUUGAUGGUUGUAGGAUUACCUUUUGGUGGUAAAACUAGUGCAAUUAAAGUUUUAGCAGGAGCUUUAACCUUAUUAAAUGAAAGAAAUUAAAUGAAUGAGAAGAAAGUAUAAAUAAUUACAUUGAAUCCUAAAUCUGUUACAAUGAAGGAAUUAUAUGGUAAAUUUGAUGAAGUAUCUCAUGAAUGGUAUGAUGGAGUAUUAGCUGUUAAAUUUAGAUAAUUUGCUAAAGGUGAAGAUGAUGAUAGAAAAUGGUUAAUAUUUGAUGGACCUAUAGAUGCUGUUUGGAUAGAAAAUAUGAACACAGUUUUGGAUGAUAAUAAAAAAUUAUGUUUAAAUUCAGGUGAAAUCAUAGCUAUGAGUAAAGCUAUGAAUAUGAUAUUUGAACCAAUGGAUUUAUAAGCUGCAUCUCCUGCUACAGUAUCCAGAUGUGGUAUGAUUUAUAUGGAACCAUAAAUUGUUGGUUGGAAUCCAUUAUAAAAAUCAUGGAUGAAUACAUUACCAAAAGUAUUAUUGAAAGAAGAUUUAGAAGAAAUUUAAGAACUUUAUGAUGCCAUGAUGGAACCUUUAAUGGAAUUCCAUACUCAUUAAAGAAUGGCAUCAGAAAAAUAUGAAAUAUCUCCAUGUUAGAAUGCUAACUUGCUUGUAAGUCAUACAAAAUUGUUUAAAUCUUUACUUUAAGUAUUUGAUGAUGAAUAAUUGAAGGCACUAGAUUCAAAAAUAAGAUAAGGAUUAAUACAAUAGUUAUUUGUAUUUGCUUUGAUUUGGUCUUUUGGAGCUAGUGUUAGUACUGACUUUAGAAAGCCAUUUGAUCAAUUUAUGAAAAGAUUGUGUGGAGGAGAUAUCCACACUAAAAGUGAUGCUCCAAAAAAGAAAGUAGCAAUACCUGAUAGAGGCAGUCUUUUUGAUUAUAUUUUUGAAUUGAAACAGAAUAAGAGUGAUGGUGAAUGGGUUUUAUGGACUUAAUUAAUAGAUAAGAAUGAAUAAAUUUCUCCAAAACUAUAACCACAUGAAAUUCUAGUCAAAACAACUGAUACAGUACGUUAUUCAUAUUGGUUAUUGAAGAAUAUAUUUUCAGGUACUGCCACAAUAUUCUGUGGUCCUACUGGUACAGGUAAGAGUGUUUAUAUUAAAAAUGUACUUGCAGAAUUACCUAAAGGAUAAUACUCUGCAAUUGAAUUAGGAUUUUCUGCAUAAACUACUUCAACAUAAACAUAAUUUAUUAUUGAUUAAAAAUUAGAAAGAAUCAGGAAAGGAUUUUAUGGACCUAGAAUAGGUAAUUAUGUAUUAUUUGUUGAUGAUUUGAAUAUGCCAGCAAAAGAGAAGUGGGGUGCCUAACCUCCGAUAGAAAUUUUAAGAUAAUUCUUAGAUUAAGGUGGAUGGUAUGAUAAUGGUGAUAAAGAGAAAAUGUUCAAGAGUAUUAUAAAUUGUGUGUUUGUUACAGCUAUGGGUCCACCAGGAGGAGGAAGAACAUUUGUUACUCCUAGAAUUUUGAGACAUUUAAGUUUAAUUUCAUUAGCUGCUUUUGAUGAUGAGACAUUAAAUCGUAUAUUUGGAUCAAUUUUGAAAUGGUUUUUUACUAAUUAGAAUUUCCCUUAAGAUAUUUUAAAGAUGGAAUCAAAAAUAGUAAAUGGAACAUUAGAAAUAUAUAAAUUAGCAAUGAGAGAAUUGUUGCCUACUCCAACGAAAAGUCAUUACUUGUUUAAUUUAAGAGAUUUUGCAAAGGUGAUAUUGGGAAUAUGUUUAGCAGAUAAGGACAAAAUAAAUACUACUGAUGUAAUGGCUAGACUUUGGACACAUGAAGUUUGGAGAGUUUUUGCAGAUAGAUUAAUUAAUGAUGAUGAUCGUUUAUUGAUGUUGAGAUCAGUAAGGGAAAUUAUGAGAAAAUCAUUUGGAUUAAAUUUUGAUACAAUAUUUGAACAUUUAGAUAAGCCUGAUGUUGAUGGCAAGAAAGACAAUAAGAUUGAUUAAUUAGAUGAGAUUAGAGGUCUAAUAUUUACUGAUGUUAUGACUCCAAUGGGGGCUCCUAAGAGAUUUUAUGAAGAAGUAAUUGAUCAAGCAAAAUUAGCUAAUGCUGUUGAUUAGUAAUUGCAAAAUUAUAAUGAUUUAGGUGAUAAACCUAUGGAUUUAGUAUUAUUUUAAUUUGCCAUUGAGCAUUUGUUAGUAAUAACACGUAUAAUGAAAUAACCUGGUGGUAAUGCAUUACUUGUUGGAGUAGGUGGUUCUGGAAGACAAUCAUUAGCAAGAUUAGCAUCUUCUAUAGGUGAUUUUAAAGUAGUUUAAAUUGAAAUUUCAAAAUCUUAUGGAAAAACAGAAUGGCAUGAAGAUAUUAAGAAAUUAUUAAAAUAAUGUGGAGGUAAAAAUGAUGCAUCUACAUUUUUAUUCACUGAUAAUUAAAUCAAAUUAGAAUCAUUUGUUGAAGAUGUGAAUAAUUUAUUAAAUACUUCUGAAGUUCCCAACAUAUUUCCAACUGAAGAGAAGACUGAAGUCACUGAAAUGGUUAGACCAGCUUAUCAAUCUGUUUAUAAGGAGGGAGAGGCAACUUUAAAUUAAUUAUAUGCAUUCUUCUUGGAAAGAGUUAAAAAGAAUCUUCAUAUUAUUUUAUGUAUGUCACCUAUUGGAGAUGCCUUUAGAACAAGAGUAAGAAUGUUCCCAUCUUUAGUUAAUUGUUGUACAAUUGAUUGGUUUAAUGAAUGGCCUUAAGAUGCCUUAGUAAGUGUGGCUACAAGAUUCCUUAAACCAGUUGAAAUGGAUGAAAGAAUCAAAUAGGAAUGUAUAGAUAUGGUUUAAUUCUUUCAUUAAAGUACUAUGCAUUGGGCUAAGAAAUUUUAUGAUGAUUUGAAACGUAAAUAUUAUGUCACUCCAACCAGUUAUUUAGAAUUAAUAGUAACAUUCAAAUCUUUAUUGUAUGAAAAGAGAAAUGAAGUUACUGCUUAGAUUAAUAAAUAUAGAAAUGGUUUAAGUAAGAUUACAACCACUGAAAAUAAUGUGGAAGGUAUGAAAACUAAUUUAAUUCAAUUACAACCUUAAUUAAAAGAUGCUGCUGAAAAAACUAAAAUAAAAAUGGAUGAAGUACAAAAAGAAAAGAUACAAGCUGAUUCACUUAAAACUGUUAUACAAUCUGAAGAAGCAGUUGUAUAAGAAGCAGUCGACAAAGCUAAUGCUAUCAAAGAAGAAUGUGAAGCUGAGUUAUCUGAAGCUAUGCCAGCACUCAAAGCUGCCUAAGAUGCCUUAAAUGUAUUAGAUAAAAAGCAAAUUGAAUUCUUGAAAUAAAUGAAAGCUCCUUCAAUGACUAUUAGGAAUAUCUUAAGAGCUUUAUGUCUUCUAUUAUAUCCCAAUCCAACUGAAAAGAUCAAGGAUAAGGAUGGUAUUAGAUUGGUGACAGAUUGGUGGACAGCUUCAUUAAAGGUCUUAGGUAGAUCAACUCUUCUAGAAGAAAUGGUCAGUUUUAAUACUGAUACAGUUGAAGAAAAAGUCAUAGUUAGUUUGGGUAAAUAUAUGUAAGAUCCUGAAUACAAAGAUUCGUUAGAAUUAUCUGCAGCUGAAAAUGCAUCACCUGCUUGUAAAGUUAUUAUGAUGUGGAUUAAUGGUGUUUAUAACUUUUAUUUUGUUAAUAAAAAGGUUAAACCUAAGAAGAUUGCUUUGGCAGAAUCUUAAGCUUAAGUGGAUGGUUUGAAUUCUAAAUUAGCUGUAAAAUAGAAAGAAUUAAAUGAUGCAAAUGAAAAAGUUAGUAAAUUAAAUAAAGAAUUACAAUUAACUGUAGAUAAUAAAAAUAGAUUAGAAAAUGAAUAUGAUGAAUGUUCUAAAUAAUUAGAAAGAGCAAAAAAGCUUAUUGAAUCAUUAGGAGGAGAAAAAGGUAGAUGGGGUUCCUUUGCUGAGCAAUUAGAAGCAAAUUAUAUUACUUUGACAGGUGAUGUAUUAACAUCAGCAGGAAUGAUUGCCUAUUCAGGUGCUUUUACCUAAGCAUUUAGAAUUGAAAUUGUUAAAGAAUGGGUAGCUAAAUGCGUUGAAAAAAGUAUUCCAUCUUCUUAGAUAUUCUCAUUAUUGACAGUUUUAGGAGAACCUGUUAAAAUCAGAGCUUGGAAUAUUGAUGGAUUACCUUCUGAUCAAUUUUCUAUUGAAAACAGUAUUAUCUUAUUCAAAGCUAGAAGAUGGCCACUUUGUAUUGAUCCAUAAGGAUAAGCUAAUAAAUGGAUUAAAAAGAUGGAAUAAUAAAGAAAAAUUGCUAUUAUAAAAUUAUCAGACUCUGAUUUCUUAAGAUAAUUGGAGAAUGCCAUUUAAUUUGGAAAACCAGUAUUAUUAGAGAAUGUUCUUGAAGAAUUAGAUGCUUCACUAACUCCUAUUCUCUUAAAAUAAGUAUUCACUAAAGGCAAUACAACUUAUAUUAAAUUAGGAGAAAACACAAUUGAAUAUUCAAAUCAAUUCUAAUUUUAUAUAACAACUAAAUUAAGAAAUCCUCACUAUUUACCUGAAAUAUCAACUAAAGUUACCUUACUUAAUUUUAUGAUUACAUAUGAAGGAUUAAGUGAUUAAUUAUUAGGUAUUUUAGUUAAAAAAGAGAGACCUGAUCUAGAAAGAGAAAAGGAAAGACUUAUUAUGGAAGGUGCUAGUAAUAAAAAGUAAUUAGCAGAAAUUGAAUAAAAGAUUUUGGAAGUGUUAUCUGGAAAUAAGAAUAUUUUAACAGAUGAAACUGCAAUAGAGAUCUUAACAGCAUCUAAAUUAAAAUCAAAUGAAAUUAGUGAAAAAUAAAUUAUUGCAGAAUAAACAGAAAAAAAUAUCGAUACAGCUAGAUAAGAAUACGUCUCUGUUGCAUAAUAAGCGUCUUGUUUAUUUUUUGUUAUUUCUGAUCUAAACAAUAUUGAUCCCAUGUAUCAAUAUUCACUUGUUUAUUUUAUUGAUCUUUUCACUCAAUCUAUUGUAAAAUCAGAUAAGUCUGAUAAUAUUGGAAUAAGAUUGGAAAAUCUUAAAAACUAUUUCCUACUCUCAUUAUAUAGAAAUAUUUGUAGAUCAUUAUUUGAAAAGGAUAAAUUGUUAUUCUCAUUUCUUCUAGCAACAAGAGUGAUGGAAUUUCGUAAACAAUUAGAUUAAGAAGCUUUUAGAUUUUUAAUGACAGGAGGUUUGUCAUUAUAAGAUAAGAUGCCAGAUUAACCUAAAGCAGACUGGGUAUUACCUAGGAAUUGGGGUGAAAUAACAAGAUUGAGUCUAUUGCCAACAACUUAAGGAUUUCAUGAAUACUUUUAUAAAGAUGAAUAUUUAAAUGGAUUUAAACGAAUAUAUGAUUCAUUAUAACCAUAAUCUGAAGAUUUACCUGGAGAAUUAAAAGAUAAAUAUACAAAUCCAUUAAUAAAAUUAUGUGUAUUAAGAUGUAUAAGACCAGAUAAAUUGAUUCCUGCUAUUUAAAUCUUUGUUCAUGGAUAUUUAGGAGAAGAAUUCAUUUUCCCACCAGCUUUUAAUUUGGCUGAAAUCUAUGAAGAUAGUUCUUCAGUAACUCCACUUAUAUUUGUUUUAUCUCCAGGAUCAGAUCCAUUUGCUUCAUUAAGUGUAUUUGCUAAUACUAAGAAUAAAUCUUUUGCUCAAAUUUCUUUGGGUUAAGGUUAAGGACCUUUAGCAUAAAAAUUAAUAUCAGAAGGAGUAAUUAAUGGAAGUUGGGUAGUCUUGUAAAAUUGUCAUUUGGCAGUUUCUUGGAUGAAUACUCUAGAGAAGAUCUGUGAAGAAUUAUCACCAGAUCCAAAGCAAACUCAUCCUGAAUUUAGAUUAUGGUUAACAAGUUAUCCAAGUCCAUAAUUUCCUACUGCUAUAUUAUAAGCUGGUAUUAAAAUGACUAAUGAACCUCCAAAAGGAUUAAAAGCUAACUUAUAAGGAUCUUUUUUGACAGAUCCUAUUUCAAAUGAUGAAUUCUUUUCAGGAUGUAACAAACCUGAAUGGUUUAAAAGAUUAUUAUUUGGUUUAUGUUUCUUCCAUGCAGUUAUUUAAGAACGUAGAAAGUAUGGACCUCUUGGAUGGAAUAUUCCUUAUGAAUUUAAUGAAUCAGAUUUACGUAUAUGUGUAAGAUAACUAAGAAUGUUCUUAGAUGAAAAUGAUCAAGUACCUUUUGAAGCAUUAAGAUAUUUAACUGCAGAAUGUAAUUAUGGUGGUAGAGUAACAGAUGAUAAAGAUAGAAAUCUUAUUAAAAUUUUACUAGAAGAUUAUUAUUGUCCAUAAGUAAUUGAUGAAGAUUAGAAAUACAAUUUUGGUUAUGAAUAAUACAAUGCUCCUCAUUAUGAAACAAGAGAAGAAUAUUUGGAUCAUAUUAAAUAACUUCCACUUUUGACUCCACCUCAAAUAUUUGGUUUUCAUCCAAAUGCAGAUAUCACUAAAGAUAUGAAUGAAACAAAUCUAAUUUUAGAGUCUUUAUUAUUAUGUUCUGCUUAAGGUAGUAGUUCCAGUGGAUAAUCAUUUGAAUAAGUACUAGAAUAAUUAGUUAAAACCAUUAUGACAGAUUUUCCAGAUGAAUUUAAUUAUGAAUAAGCUACUGAAAAAUAUCCAUUUAAUCCUAAAGAAUCCAUGAAUACAGUAUUAACAUAAGAAUUAACCAGAUUUAAUAAGUUGAUCAAUAUUAUAAGAAAAAGUAUGGAUGAUCUUAAACUUGCACUUAUGGGUAAGAUCUUAAUGAGUCCAUAACUUGAAAGAGCUAGUAGAUAAUUAUUUGAUGGCAAAGUACCUGAUCUUUGGAUGGAAAAGUCUUAUCCUUCUUUAAAACCAUUAGGAAGUUAUGUAAUUGAUUUGAAAGCAAGAUUAAACUUCUUUUAGAAAUGGUUAGAUAAUGGUAUUCCUUAUAAUUAUUGGUUAUCUGGAUUUUUCUUCACCUAAAGUUAUCUUACAGGUGUCCUUUAAAACUUUGCUAGAAAAUACAUAAUCCCUAUUGAUGAAAUUAAAUUUGAAUAUAAGGUAAUCCUAUUAUAAUAUUUUUAGAUUAUGGAUCAAUCAAUUGAUGAGCAUAUUGAAUCCAGACCGGAUGAUGGAGCUUAUGUUUGGGGUUUGUAUAUAGAAGGUGCUAAAUGGAACUUCAAUACCAUGGAACUAGAUGAAUCAGAUCCAAAAGUAUUAUUAAAUAUUAAAAUAGGUUUUAUUCACUAAAUGUCCAACAAUUCAAUUAUGUCCUAUGCAUAUAUCUAAAAUUAAUCCUCCUCCUACUUAUAAUUGCCCACUUUACAAAACAAGUGCUAGAAGAGGAGUGUUAUCUACAACUGGUCAUUCUACUAACUUUGUAAUGUUUGUGAGAUUAUAUACUUCUAAACCUGAGAGAUUCUGGGUUAAAAGAGGUGUAGCUCUACUUACACAAUUGGAUGACUGA